AUGUCAUUAAUGUCAUCACCAGUCAUCACGGUUUCUUUUCCUUUUUUCGUCAUUGGCUUUGAGAGAUUUUGAGUGUGUUGUUUGUCGGUAUAGUGUUUGAAUCCAAUCGAAAUUAAUAGUAAUCAAAAGAUAAAAAUGGUUUACGUUACAGGAGAUGGUACUGUGGUGAAGAGCUCACCGUUUAGUAUAACCAAUUGGAUUUAUGCAGUUAUAAACUUCUUAUAUCUGUUGUUCAAAACAAUGUUCGAUCCUAACUAUUCAAAACAUGGAGACAAAUAUGUAAGAGAUUUUAGGCCUCCAGGCAGUGGACCUCCAAAGCCACCAUCGAGGAAGUUCGGUGGAUUCGGGCCUUCGAACUCGGGGCCUCCGCCACCCCCGGCCGGCGGUUGCGGCUGCGGUGGCUAAAUUAACCUUUUAACACAUGCCCAGCCCAACUCUCAACAUUUUGCCAGUCUAAUUUUUUAACAAGUAGGUAUACGAGUAUUGUAUCUUCAAAUAUCUGUAAAAUUUAUCCAUUAACUAGUU